AUGUCGCAGAAGCCAGUCCUCGUCGAGACCGCCUCGCUGCACGGCAAGGUCGCCCUCAUCACGGGUGCCGGCCGUGGAAUCGGCAGAGGAUGUGCCAUCGAACUGGGCAAGCGUGGAGCCAGCGUGGUCGUCAACUACGCCAGCAGCAAGAGCGCCGCCGACGAGGUCUGCAAGAUCAUCGAGGGCAGCGGUACCGGUGCCAAGGCCAUCAGCAUCCAGGCCGAUGUCAGCAAGAAGGCGGAGAUUGAGCGCUUGUUCGAGGAGACCAAGAAGCACUUUGGCAAGAUUGACAUUGUCAUGAGCAACAGCGGAACCGAGUCCUGGGACAAGACGGAGGAGAUCACCGAGGAGAAGUACGACCACGUCUUCAACCUGAACUCUCGUGCGCAAUUCUUUGUGGGCCAGGCGGCGUGGAAGUACCUGGAGAACAACGGACGUCUGAUCCUGAUGAGCUCCAUCGCCGCUGGUCUUCUUGGUGUCAGAGAUCACGUCCUCUACAACGCCUCCAAGAUGGCUGUCAUUGGUAUGAUCAAGGGUUUCGCGACCGACUUUGGUGUUCGCGGCAUCACCGUCAACGGUGUCGCUCCUGGUGGUAUCAAGUCCGACAUGUUCACCCAGAACGCAUGGUAUGUCUCCGGCAUGCCGAUAGAAACGGUCCAGAUUGAAGCUGACACCAGAAAAGGCACUACAUCCCAGGCGGUACUCCCGACUGGCCAGCUGACAAGAUUGAGAACCUGAUGGCUGAGCACUGCCCGCUCAAGCGAUGCGCUACACCGGAUGAUGUUGCUCGCGUUGUCGCUUUCCUUGCCUCUGAGGACGGUGGCUGGGUUAAUGGUAAGCCAAGACUAUAUCCAGCUCUGUCUGGUCACAGAAUCGUUCCUAAUGCCUUCAUCAGGUCAAGUCAUCACCAUCUCCGGCGGUUCGUCCCAGUAA